AUGGCCAAGAAGAAGAAGACGCAGCUCAAGGCCGUCGCGAGGGGGUUUGCGACUACUUCUGUUCCCAAGAAGGUUGUUCUACCGGCAGAGGAAGAUGGAGUUGACAUCUCUGAGACCAUCGACGCGGCGCCAAUCGUUAAAGACGCGAUCAGGACAACUCCCGUCGGUGGUGAGCUUGCUCAAGCCCCAACGGACGAUUACGACUUGGACAAGCACGAGGAAGAAUCUCUGCAGCUUUUGGUAGACAAAUUACAAGAUAAAACGGAAAAGGAUAUUGUGCGGACAAUCAAGGCGAUCAAGCAAGAGCAACGGUUCUCAGAAACGCUGGUUCGCCUUGACUGGGACAGUAGAUUAGUUGAUAGAGUACUUUCUUUGGCUCUUGAAUCUGAUCACGCUGGAGUAAAGAGGGCUCUGGAUGAGACCGAAGAGAAGGCCAUUGCUCGCCUUGCGAUUACAUAUGGAGUUCUUAGACGAUUAGGUUUCUCUGAAGACAGAGUUGAAGAAUGUCUCAGGGCUACAGAAGGGGUUGAUUUAGAUGAAGCAUUUGCUUGGCUUCACCUUCAUUGCGCAGAAGAAGAACUUGGUUUGCAAAACGGAUCGAGAGCAGCAAGUGAACCCAAGACACCGACGAUCAACACUCCUCAGUCACCUCGGACUUCUCUCACUCCGGUACUACCAUCAUCAGUGUCUGGUUACUCAUCUCAUGGUGUAUCUUCGUCUUCCCGACGCCUGAACCCAGACAUCUCGGUGUUUGAGCCUACAACCAGCGCUUCACUGACCUCGUUACAUUACGACGACGGUAUGCCAGAAGAGACUGACAUAGGUGGAACUCACACACCGUUAUUCUCUGACCAUGGGCGACAGUCGCCUACGGAUGACGCCAAUGCUGAAUUUAUAAGACUAAAGUUGCAAAUUUCUGACCUAACCACACAUAGAAGACAGCCUGAUGAAACUCGAGAUGCUGCUUUCCUGCGGGGUUUGCAAAAACGUUUGGAAGACGUGAAGAAGGACUAUUUCUUCGAUCAGGAGGAAGCUGAAGCCCAGUUUCGUAUUGAACGCGAGAAGGCGGAUGCAGCUGCCCUGCGAUCCAGAUUGCGUGGUGAAGUCCCCGUCGUCCAGACUUUACUGUCGUUAGAGCGUUGCAGGAACCGUCCGCCCGAGAAAGAACCCCCUCCCUCAGUUGUCGGGGAUACAAGUUCUGAUAUCUUCGACAACGAGGAUGAGGAGUCGAACGGAGGAUUAUUCGAGCUCCUAGAGGCGAUGCCCGAGACAGAAGUUUCCGAUCGCGGUGUCACUGUCGCUGUUCGCGACAUGGCUCUACCUAAACACUGGUCUGGCCGGACACCGAGAUCAUUGUUAUCUGAAGUCGUACACAAAGUCGACAGAUUCGCGGCCAUUUCAUACCAGUGUAUCUCCGGACUCAGUCGUGCAAAGAGGGCCGCCGUUGAGAUACACUGGGAGGGAGGCAAGACACAAGGAUGGAGCAUGGAUGAUAUUGCUUGCCAUGAUAUGUCUCAGGCCGAGCAAUAUAUUUCCACCAUCGCUAUGCAUGCAUUGACCUUCCCCAGAUCAGACGGUUUUGCCUGCAUUGGAUCCAUGGGCGUAAGUAGUCAGACGACGUUCAGGUUGCUGCCUGCCAUAUACCGAGAUUUAUGGGACGAACUGGAGCAAAAAAGAAAGGUCACGAACGAUGCCGUCAACCGUAGCGUAUGGGCCAAGUUGCGGGUCAUCAUAGAGCCCAAGAUGAACGUCGACCGCAAGGCUAACAGCAAGGUAUCCAGAGAUGUUUUCGACAGGAAGGACUUGCCCGUUAUCCCAAAUGUUGGUCAAAGCAAUGACCUCACUCCAGAGCAAAUCAAAGCUGGGUUCAGGACCAGACAAGCUAGCGCUCCUUACCAGGAUAUGCUCCGUCAACGAGAGCAACUCCCGAUUGCCAGGUAUCGCGGCGAAAUUACCUCUAUUCUUGACAGGUCUCAGAUACUAGUUCUAAGUGGUGAAACUGGGUGUGGGAAGUCAACUCAAGUUCCAGCCUUCAUCCUGGAACACCAGCUCGCGCUAGGGAGAGAUUGCAAGAUCUAUUGCACGGAACCUCGCCGAAUUUCCGCUAUAUCUCUUGCACAGCGAGUAUCGCGUGAGUUGGGCGAGGUUCCUGGUGCUGUGGGCACCCUCGGCUCCAUCGUGGGGUACUCGAUCCGGCUGGAGAGCAAUAUUACCAGUCGAACACGCUUGGCAUUUGUUACGAACGGUAUUGCGUUACGAAUGCUGGAGGGUGGAAGUGGACAAGGAGGACAAGGCACUGCAUUUGACGAGAUCACGCACAUUAUCAUUGACGAGGUUCAUGAACGUACCAUUGAAUCUGACUUCCUACUCAUUGUGCUCAAAUCUUUGCUACGAGAACGUCCCAAUCUGAAAGUUGUGCUCAUGUCAGCGACUGUGGAUGCUGACAAGAUAUCCGACUACUUUGGCGGUUGUCCAAUCCUUUACGUUCCUGGAAGGACUUUCCCCGUUGAUGUCCGGUACUUAGAGGAUGCGGUAGAAUUUACCCGGUGGAAGAUCACCGAAAGUUCACCUUAUGCUAGACGUGGAAAGGACAAAUUUAAUCAGAGCAAAGCCAAAGUGGAUUGGUCAGAAGAUACGGCUCCCGCAGAUGAUGAAGACGAAGAGGCCGAACAGGAUAACGUGAAACUGGAGAAACGCUACUCUCCUAACACCGUUUCCACCGUCAACUUGCUGGAUGAACGUGUCAUCCCUUACGAUCUCAUUGUCCGCUUGUUGGAGCGGCUGUGUAUUGAGGAUCCAACCUACACUACCUAUUCUGCGGCUAUCUUGAUCUUCAUGCCCGGCAUGGGAGAGAUUCGCAGAUUGAACGACAUCCUGUCCGAGCACCGCUAUUUUGGUUCAGAGCUGCAGUUCAAGCUCUACCCUCUCCAUUCUAUGAUCUCCAGUGAAAAUCAGGGCGCAGUGUUCGAUAUUCCUCCUCAGGGCAUCCGGAAAAUUGUCAUAGCUACGAAUAUCGCUGAGACCGGCAUCACCAUUCCUGACAUCACUUGUGUAAUCGACACUGGAAAGCAUCGUGAAAUGAGGUUCGACGAGAAACGUCAAAUCAGUCGUUUGAUCGAGACCUUCGUGGCAAAAAGUAAUGCUGCUCAGAGACGUGGACGUGCAGGGCGAGUGCAGUCAGGGCUCUGUUUCCACCUUUUCACAAAAUUGAGGCAUGAUACUAAGCUGGCGCAACAUCCCGACCCAGAGAUGAUGCGGCUGAGCCUCAGCGAUCUUGCAUUACGCAUCAAGAUUAUGAAGGUUAAACUGGGUUCCUCUGUAGAAGACGUCCUCUCGCGUGCUCUGGAUCCCCCUCUGCCUGUCAACAUCCAAAGGGCCGUUUCUUCAUUGGUCGAAGUUCGUGCCCUCACUCUAAAUGAAGAAAUUACGCCUAUGGGCCGCUUGUUGAGCAAGCUACCUACGGAUGUGCAUCUUGGGAAGUUCUUGCUGAUCGCGACACUCUUCCGAUGUUUGGAUCCGGCUCUCACUGUUGCGGCUACUCUGAACUCCAAGUCCCCCUUCCUUUCUCCGCUUGGCUUGGAGAAAGAGGCCGAUCGUGCGAAGCUCUCGUUCCAAGUCGAAAACUCCGAUUUCCUCACGCUUCAUAACGCGUUCGCCAGCUGGCGCCGGGCUUGUGCAAAUGGCGUUGCCCGCAAGUUCUGCAAGUCAACUUACUUGAGCCAUCAGAACUUGCAACAGAUCGAAGAACUGCGACAGCAAUUCCUGGGCUACUUGGUCGACUCCUCAUUCAUACAAGUUGAUAAGGCAUUUGUUCUGGAAUUGAGCAGGGCACGCUUCACCCGUAACAGAACACGUUUCGUCGCUGUUCCUGCAGAGCUUGAUUUGAACUCGUCGAACGUCUUUCUGUUCAAUGCUGCCCUGACAGCAGGUCUGUAUCCCAAAAUACUGGCGGUCGACCCGAUGCAAGGCGGGAUGCGCACCAUCACAAACAACCAGGCGGCGUUCUUCCACCCUUCCUCCGUCAACUUCCGUAGGAAACCCAAGGACUUCGGGGUGAAUCACUUAUGCUACUUCACACUGAUGCAUUCCAAGAAAUUGUAUGCUUGGGAGACGGGGCCGGUGGACGAUAUAUCCCUCCUACUUCUUUGCGGAGAGGCGGAAUUUAAGCUUGCGUCCGACGUUGUGUACAUCGAUCGCAAGAUCAAGUUUCGCAUCACCCCGAAGUCAGGCAUCGCCCUCAAGGUUUUGCGCGCGCAGAUUAGCUCACUGCUGGCAACCCAAAUGCGUAGCAAACCUCUGUUAGAGUCUCAGGUGCUGUGGAACGAUCUCGCCAUGAUGGUGCUGGGAAAGUUCAAGGUAAACGAUCCCUUAGAGAACCAAGAUGGGGUUACGGUCGUGAUACACAACAGGAAUACAUGA